AUGCCCUCGCUCUCCGACUUUGACCUCGACGAGCUGCACCGGUUCGCCGCCGACAUCGCGUGCGAGGCCGGCGCCUACCUGCGCGACCAGCAGCUUGCGCGCACCCGCGCCGGCGGAGCAUCGGGCCACCUCGACCGCUCGAUCGAGAUCAAGGAGAACGCGGCCGACAUUGUCACGCACGCCGACAUGCAUUCGGAGCAGCUCAUCACCAACGCCAUCAAGCAGCGGUACCCGACUCACAAGAUCAUCGGCGAGGAGUCAUACUCGGCCGGGCAGGACAAGCGCUUCCUCCUCGACGACGACCCGACCUGGAUCAUCGACCCGCUCGACGGCACGGUCAACUUUGUCCACCUGUUCCCGACCUGCUGCGUCUCGGUCGGCUUCUGCGUCAACAAGGUCCCCGUCGUCGGCGCCAUCUUUGCGCCGCUCCUGAGCGGGCUGCACCCGACCAACGCGUCGGGCGCGCUCUACUCGGGCGCCAAGAGCCUCGGCGCGUGGUCGACGCCCCCCUGGGCGCACGCCGUCCCGCUGCCGUACAUCCCGCCGCAACCGCUGCCGGCCGACGCGCCGAAAGGGUGCCUGUUCACGGCCGAGUGGGGCAAGGCGCGCUCGGACGCGCCCGGGUCCAACCUCGUCAAGAAGAGCACGUCGUUCAUCAACAUGGCGGCCGAGGUCGGGGGCAGGGGGGGAAAGGGCGGCAUGGUGCACGGCGUGAGGAGCUUGGGCAGCGCGGCCCUCGACUUGGUGUACGUCGCGACGGGCGCGGUCGACAUUUUCUGGGAGGGAGGCUGCUGGGAAUGGGACGUGUGCGCGGGCAUGAUCAUCAUCGCCGAAGCCGGCGGGCGCGUCGUGCCCUCGCAGCCGCCGAGCGAGGCUUACCUGACGGACCGGUCGCUCGCGAUCCCGGACGCCGGCAUCGGCUCGAGGCUGUACCUCGCCGUGCGGGCGUGUGCGGGGACCGAGGGGGAGACGGAGCGCGAGGCGCAGGACAGGCUCGUGAGGGAGGUGUGGAGGAGGACCGAGAGGUUGGAUUACGUGCGGCCUGAGUGAGGGAGGGAGGGAGGGGGCUUAGCGGGUGGGCUUGAUUGCAUGCAUGGCCAGCUUGAACUU